UAAUAGAAUAUAUGGUAUUGGAAACGUUAUCGUAUGAAAUUAUCAUCAGUUGGAUUUUGUAUCUAUCAAGUAAAAGUAUAUACCACCUGCCUAUUACAAAAUGGAACUUAUACCAUUGAAAAAAUCUGUAGACCCACCUGACGCAUCUUGUCGGUAUAUCAUGCAGAAUAGUUACACUAUCGAGUCUAACAAUGAUUCCACGAUCAAGACUGUGCCUGGUCAGCGUACGCAAGAAGCGCAGACCAUUAACAAUGCGACAGAAAACACUUGCUUAACACCGAACAGGAGUCAAACAUAUUUUGCGGACGAAAAAGUUCUUAUACCGGAUACGGAUAAUGGCAUAUUUAGUUUUAAAAAAUUAUGGGCAUUCACGGGUCCUGGAUUUUUGAUGUCUAUAGCGUAUCUAGAUCCUGGAAAUAUAGAAUCCGAUUUGCAAUCUGGAGUAGCUGCCAAGUAUAAAUUAUUAUGGGUAUUACUUAGUGCAACAAUUUUAGGCCUUGUCAUGCAGAGAUUAAGCGCAAGGCUCGGCGUGGUAACCGGUCUGCAUUUAGCAGAAAUGUGUUACAGACAAUAUAAAAAAGUGCCUAGAUUGAUUUUAUGGAUAAUGAUAGAAAUAGCUAUAAUCGGUAGUGACAUGCAAGAAGUAAUAGGAACAGCCAUUGCUUUAUCUUUAUUGACUAACGGGGCCAUCCCUAUAUGGGGCGGGGUGCUAAUCACGGUAAUCGAUACUUUUACAUUUUUAUUAUUGGACAAAUACGGUUUAAGAAAAUUGGAACUCUUUUUUGGAUUUCUUAUCACGGUCAUGGCUGUUACUUUCGGUUACGAGUAUGUCGUUUCUGCUCCUCCGCAAGGUGAUGUGAUAAGCGGGAUGUUUGUACCUUGGUAUAAACAUUAUGACAGUCAAAUGUUACUGCAAGCUGUGGGAAUUGUUGGUGCGGUCAUAAUGCCGCAUAACUUAUAUCUUCACAGUGCUCUUGUUAAAUCAAGAGAUAUCGAUCGUAGGGAAUAUAAUAAAGUGAAAGAAGCAAAUAUGUAUUACUUCAUCGAAGCUUGCAUCGCGCUUUUGGUUUCUUUCAUAAUUAACGUUUUCGUUGUUGCGGUGUUUGCGCAUGGUCUUUAUGAAAAAACGAACCAAGAAGUUCACGAUCUUUGUGAAAGCAACAACUACACUAUGGGAAUGGAUACGUUUAAACCAGAAAAUACAACUAUUUCAGUAGAUUUAAACAAAGGUGGUAUCUUUCUUGGUUGUGCCUUUGGUGCAGCUGCAAUGUAUAUUUGGGCUGUUGGUAUUUUUGCUGCUGGUCAAUCUUCUACAAUGACUGGGACAUAUGCGGGACAGUUUGCGAUGGAAGGUUUCUUGAACCUCCAGUGGGCACGUUGGAAGCGAGUUCUCUUCACGAGAAUGAUCGCUAUUGUGCCUACUUUCCUCGUUGCAUUCUACAGCGAUAUAAAUAAUUUAACCGGAAUGAAUGAUAUUUUAAACGCUAUUAUGACGCUUCAGUUACCUUUCGCAACGUUACCAACAAUAGCAUUCACCAGUAGCGCUCAAAUAAUGGGUGAAUUUCGGAAUGGAAUAACGAAUAAAGUUGUUGCGACAGCGUUGUCUGCUAUUGUAAUAACUAUAAACAUAUAUUUUGUAAUAAAUACGGUUCAAGAGGAUCUACCGCAUCACUGGACAGUGAUACUUGCCAUUUCUAUAUAUUCUGUCUUGUAUCUUCUAUUUUGUCUUUAUCUGGUAAUUCAUAUGGCUGUAAGCAUGGGUGCAACUUCCCUUAACGAUUGCUGGUUCGUGAAAAAAUACAUUGGCAGUCCUGUAAGUACAACACUCGGAUUAUCAAAUCCUGCUGCAUAUGCAAGAUCGAAUCCUGCAUUUACUAUUCAAGAAAAUGGGACAGGAAGUUUUUCUACGCUACCGGAAAUUUAAUUCUUAAUUUCUUCUAUAAAAAUACGGUAAAGUGUACAAUACUCAACGAGUCUCGACUCUCAUCCUUUUUACAAUAUGAAAUUGUACAAAACUAGACUAGAUAAAUUGAAAUAUAUAUAUAUAUAUAUUUUUUUUUACGAUAAAAACCUUCGAAUACAUAAUUAAAUAUGCUAGUGGAACGCCCCGUGCUGUGCACGGAGAAUUAAUCACGUAAUCUUGACCCCCCUGCGCAGUCCUAAACCGUAAAAGAUAGACAUGCGCAGUAGAUUUUUUACAAAGAGGCUUUCUGCAGAAAAGCUAAAAAAAAAACAAUAUUUAAUGAUUACGUAAUUGGCUUUUAAAUUAGAGCAAUUUUAAUUUUUCGAAAUCAAGUGGCGCCAUCUGUCCGGCGAACAGGGUGAACUACACUCGGCGGGAACACGGUUAUCGUUAGUUCGCGUAUUUUACCGCUAGAUGACGCUGCAUUUACCGUUCACAUAGGAAUUGUCUUCCUAUACUUUAAUAAUCAAUAAAUUAAUAACUUUGCAAAAUAACUGAUUGUAUUGGAUUUGAUUCUGAAUUUGAUUUUAACACGUGUCCUUACAUUAAGGUUUGAUUACAGAAUGAAUAGCGAACGAUUUUGCUUUUAAAAUAAAGUAAACAAAAUAAAAACUUGUAUGGUUUUUACUUUUAAAACGAACGUACACCGUUGAAAAGGAUAAUAAAAAUACGAACAAUUGUAUGAUUCUUAUAUUUUUAAUAAUAUUUUUUCUUUAUUCGCUUUGAAGUGUCACAAAAAUAUUUUGCAUGGGAUACAAUUCAUCUUUGUACAUGUAUCAUGAUAUUGAUUAAAUAGUUUAAUUAUUAUAUACUUGAAUUAAAAAACAAGUAUUGUCUCUUUCAUUUUGAGUCUAUUCGGUCAUUGCAUUUUUUCACUCUGAACACGCUGUUCACAAAUAUUGUAGUUUUGAUAACAGAAAUUUUGUCGAAAAUUUAAAUCGUUCCUGUUAAACAUACGCAAUAUUUCUCUUUAGUUACUAAAUAAUGUAACUUGAUAAAAAUAUGACUAGACAUUUUAAUAAAUUAUGGCGAACGUAUUCUUACAUUUCGUAAUAUUUUUAAUGUUUCAUAUUCAAUAUUAAUACGAAUACGAUUGCGAUACGUUUGCAUUUAAUAAGGAGAAAUGAUGGGUGAGAAAGAAUAGAUAUAUACCCUGAGUCAAAAAAUGUAGAAUUACGGCUGUUUUACAGAAUUUAUAGAAAAAUAUCUUUUGCCGAUAUUAUUAGUACGAUUUUUUUUUAUCUUUUCUUUAUAUCACCCUACACACUAUUAACAGCAAAUAAUUUUUAUUAUCUCUUCUGCAAUUAAUUUCCUUUUUAUAUUUUUAAAAAUCACAGAUAAAGUUCUUCUAUACCUCUAGAAAUCAAUUUAAGUAAUAUAGUGCUUUGCAAUCACAAAGGAUAAUUAAGAAUUCAAUGCCACAUUUUAU